AUGUUUCGCUACACACAUUUCACCACAUCAACACGCCAACAUCAACACGCCAACAUCAACACGCCAACAUCAACACGCCAACAUCAACACGCCAACAUCAACACGCCAACAUCAACACGCCAACACAUCAACACAUCAACUCUCAACUCUCAGCUCUCACCAACUUUCAACUUUCAACUCUCAACUCUCACCAACUCUCACCAACUCUCACCAACUCUCACCAACUCUCACCAACUCUCACCAACUCUCACCAACUCUCACCAACUCUCACCAACUCUCACCAACUCUCACCAACUCUCAACUCUCAUCACAACAUACAUUCCAUCAAAACAAGCAUCCCCGCACAGAAUCUCUGGCUCAUUGGCUGUGAGGGAGCACAUUUUUACAAUCACAGGGCUCAUUGGCUGUGAGGAAGCGCAAGUCUUACAUCGCUGGGCUCGUGGCAGCGACAGCCGUGGUCACGGAAGGUCUGGAGUCCUUGGUUUCGCAGAGCCCAUCCUGCGAAGCACACUUGUUGACGCAGAGCCCAUCCUGCGAGGCACACUUGUUGACGCAGAGCCCAUCCUGCGAGGCACACUUGGUAACGCAGAGCCCAUCCUGCGAAGCACACUUGUUGACGCAGAGCCCAUCCUGCGAGGCACACUUGGUAACGCAGAGCCCAUCCUGCGAGGCACACUUGGUAACGCAGCGCCCAUCCUGCGAAGCACACUUGUUGACGCAGAGCCCAUCCUGCGAGGCACACUUGGUCACGCAGAGCCCAUCCUGCGAGGCGCACUUGGUAACGCAGAGCCCAUCCUGCGAGGCGCACUUGGUAACGCAGAGCCCAUCCUGCGAAGCACACUUGUUGACGCAGAGCCCAUCCUGCGAGGCACACUUGGUCACGCAGAGCCCAUCCUGCGAAGCACACUUGUUGACGCAGAGCCCAUCCUGCGAGGCACACUUGGUCACGCAGAGCCCAUCCUGCGAAGCACACUUGUUGACGCAGAGCCCAUCCUGCGAAGCACACUUGUUGACGCAGAGCCCAUCCUGCGAGGCACACUUGGUAACGCAGAGCCCAUCCUGCGAGGCACACUUGGUAACGCAGAGCCCAUCCUGCGAAGCACACUUGUUGACGCAGAGCCCAUCCUGCGAGGCACACUUGAUCACGCAGAGCCCAUCCUGCGAGGAUUGUUGUUCACGCAGACCUAUCCUGCGGGGUAG